AUGGGGCAAGAAAAUCCUCAAACGGAACAUCAGACGAACGGGACGAGUAAAGCGGGUGAUGAUGAAGACAUAUUUGAAAGAAUUCUUUCACACCUGGGUGAUAUGGGACUAUACCAGAAGCUGAUAUUAUUGAUGAUGAUGCCCAUCGGUUACACUUGUGCGUUCACCUAUUUUGUGCAAAUGUUUAUUACUGUUACGCCACAGAACUAUUGGUGCAGAAUCCCCGAGCUGGCCAAUUUGAGUAUGGAGUUAAGAAAACAACUGUCAGCACCUGUCACCGCUACGGGUGAGUUGGCACACUGCGUGACUUUUGAUACCAAUUGGACCCAAGUCUUGGAUACAUUAACUCCGCCAGCUGAUCACUCGCGCCUAAUACCAUGCCAACAUGGCUGGGAAUACGAAUUAAGCGACAUACCAUAUCCUACCAUUACAACGGAGAGAGAUUGGGUCUGUGAGCAUAGCAGCUAUGUUCCUACAGCGCAGUCAGUAUUUUUUGUUGGUUCUGUAAUCGGUUGUUUUACAUUUGGAUGGCUAGCUGAUCAUUUUGGAAGAGUUCCUGCUAUAAUAGUAACAAACUUGUUCGGUGGUAUCUUCGGCAUAGCGACUACAUUUACCAGUAGUGCUUGGGACUUCAUGCUGUGUAGAUUUUUCGUCGGUUUAUCAUAUGAUGUAUGUCUUAAAAUCCUCUAUGUUUUAGUCCUUGAAUACGUUGGGCUCAAAUAUCGCACAUUGAUAGCUAGUUUAUCGUUGGCGUUCUCCUUCGCCACUGGGGGCAUAGUUCUACCUUGGAUUGUACUUUACAUCGGUGACUGGCGUAUAUUGAUGUGGGUUACCUCAGCACCGAUGUUUAUCGUGCUGUUGGCGCCGUGGUUUUUACCCGAAAGUGUAAGAUGGUUAAUAAGUAGAGGGAAAGUGGACGAAGCUGUUACAGUAUUGCACAAGUUUGAGAGAAUUAAUGGAAAGAAGAUUCCUGAUGAAACCAUGAAUGAGUUCACGGUAUUCGCGCACAAAUUAAAACUGCAAGAGAGGCGCUCACUUUUAGACAUGUGUAAGAGUUCACAACUGCGGAAGGCAAUGAUAAUUUUAAUUUUAUUGUUCAUGGGAUGUGGCAUAGUUUUCGAUGGCUUGAUACGUCUGUCCGACUCAUUCGGAUUGAAUUUCUUUGCCGUUUUUAGCUGUAACGAGGUUUCCGAAUGUACGGCUAUUUUACUAAUUAUUGUUAUUCUUGAUAGGUUCGGCAGAAGGACCUCCACGUUUAGCACCGCUCUUAUAUCCAGUAUAUGUUUGAUAAUUGCUCUCUUUAUUUCUGGAGGUGUACCUCAGGCAGUUCUAGCAAUAGCGUCACGUCUAUUUAUGACCACGUGCUUCACAUCUAUCUUGCAAUGGAGCACGGAGAUUAUACCGACACCCUAUCGGGCUUCAGGAGUUUCCAUUUUACACAUGAGUACAUUUCUGGUGGCUAUUUUGUCCCCAUUUAUUGUAUAUUCGGAGCGUCUAUGGAGCUCUUUACCAUUGACGAUAUUCGCCACAAUUGCAGUCGCGACAACAGGUCUUUGCCUGACAUUACCAGAGACAAAAGGAUUGCCAAUGCCACAGACAAGGGCUGAUGGCGAAAGGAACAUCAAGGAACACUGUUUAUUCGGGCAUAAAAAGGAAAAAACAACAUCUCCUAGCUAA